AAGUGCAACGUAAAGUACAGCUCUGUCUCUGUGAGUUGAGGAGUCUGACUGCCUGUUGGAAGAAGCAGUUGCAGAGUCUGGUAGUGGAGGAUCAGAUGCUCCGGUAUCAGACUGAGAAGUCCGUGUGAGGGGUGGGUGAGGUUGUCCACAAUGCUGGUGGACAACUAACCUCCAAUAAAUACCGUUUCUACCUUCUGCUCACGCAUCAUACAUCUGUCUUUGUGCAUCAUUCUCACACACAUAUUGGACCCCCUACUUUUUAUUUGUUUAUUUUAUUUUUUAUAAUUUUAUUUCUCAUUUUUAAUCCAUCCAUCCAUCAUCAUCUGCUUUAUCCGUCAGGGUCCCAUCGGGCGAAAGGCAGUAUACAUCCUGGACAGGCUGCCAAUCCAUUGCAUUUUCCCAUUUUUUUGCAGUUUACACAGCCAAUUAAUUUCCCAACCCCCUCAUUUGGACUCCCCUUAUCACAUGCCUCCUCCGACACAUGUGAAGUCAGAGUCUAAUUUUUUUCCUGCUGCUACUGAAGCAGUUCUGAUACAUCAGCUCACAGAUGCAGCCUUGUGCUGAUCCACAUCACCCUAGGAGUGAUGAGGGGAAAGACCUCCAUCUACUGUACUGUACCCACCCAGAGAGAGCAAGGCCAAUUGUUCUCUCUCAGGGCUCUGGUAGCAAAUGGCAAGCUACAUGAACAGGAUUCGAACUGGCGAUCUCCUGAUCAUAGUUGUAGUGCCUUUACAUUUUUUAAAAAUAAAAGUUGCACAAGUGCGCUGUGCAUACUGUCCGUAUUACGCACUUGACUUGCAUAGACUAUAAGCUCAAUAUAAAACUUUCACUUGUUUAGAAUUUGUUUAGAAAUAAAUUUGAUUUAAUUGAAUCUUUUCUUAAACCAUGUUAAAUUGUAUUAGAUUAGAGGAAAGUCAUUCAGACAUCAUGCUGUGGAUCAUUGUUCACAUUGUUUGUGUUUUAAUCUUUCGGAGAUCUGUUCUAUUAGGUCUGAGCUUCUUCAGUGUUGCAAUGUUAUUUAACAAUAUAAGAUUUCUCUCAUUCAAACGGCCCCAAGAUGUUCAUUUAAAAGCCCAGUUUUAAUGCUCUACUUACUAAAAACAGAGAAUCUACUUCAGAGAUUUAGAUAUAGGACUACAGAGUGCUCUGUAUGAUCAGUGGAGCUAAAAAGAUGAUGGUCAAUCCACUAAGAACCAUGUAAACUAAUACUCUGUUUCAGUAAGUGGUUUUAACCAGGUUGAUUAUUAUGAUGGACGGAAGCGGUGUGCUCUGGUUAUGGGUCUGAUGGAUGGUGCAAUGCCUGAGAUGUAACCGUUUUUAGAGGUAGCGGAAACUCAGGCAAGUUUUUUUUUUGACCAUUAGUUCAUGACGCAGGGUUGAUUUCCCCUCCUCUCGCUCUCUACCUCUCUCUCUACCUCUCUCUCUCUCUUUCUCUGUAUCGCUCUCUCUCUCUCUCUCUCUCUCUCUAGUUCAAAAUGUGAAACUUGUGUUUGUGUAUAUAUAGAGUGAUCUAUUUUAAGCGUUUAUUUCUUUUAUUGUUGAUGGUUUGCCUUACAGCCAAUGAAAACCCCAAAAUUAGUGUCUCAGAAAUGUAUAAUAUUCUAUAAGUGUGCCAAGUCCUGCUGGAAAAUGAAAUCCUGAUCUCCAUAAAAGUUGUUCUCAGCAGAGGGAAGCUGUAAGAUAUGAAGUGCUGUAAGAUUUUGUGGGAAAACAAAACUGCACUGACUUUAGACUUGAUAAUAAAACACAGUGGAUCAUCACCAGCAGAUGACAGACAUUACUCUCCAAAUCAUCACUGAUUGUAGAAGCAGUUUGGACUGUGUGUCUCUCCACUCAACUUCCACUUCAUGACGCAGAGUUGAGUUCCUCUCUCUCUCUCUCUCUCUCUCUCUCUCUCUCUCUCUCUCUCUCUCUCAGUAGAGUGUAGUUAGUGUGAGAACCUGAGCUGAAGGAGGUGGAGUGAAGCAGGGUGAUGGAUGUGGUCGCUAAAGAAGGCUCCCUGUUCCUGCAGGGGGUCAAAUUUGGAAAAAGGAUCUGGAGGAAGACCUGGGUGAUCCUGUUCCAGCCCACGGCCAUGGGCAUCGGACGAAUAGAGAUGUACGACAUAAGAGACGGAGGGGGAGGAGCCAAACCCACGGGCCUGAAGAAGGCCGACAAGCGAGUGGUCCGGCUGACCGACUGUCUGAGCAUCACUCCGGCCCCGGGGGAGAGCUGCCCCUCAGGUUGUGCCGCUUUCUACCUGAACACCACCCAGCGCACCUACACCCUGGCAAACCCCCCGCAGGACGAGUGGGUGCCCACCCUGUGCCAGCUGGCCUUUCAGAGGAGCGAGGGGGGCGGAGACUCCAGACGAGCGCAGAGAGACGACGACACCUCCAUGUCUGAGAACGACCUCUACUCCACCUGGAGUCCAGGUAAAUUCCAGGUAACAGUGCAGAAGUCUGAUGCGUCGGUGCGGUGCUGCAUGUCUGGGUCGUACCUGCUGUCCCCGGAGAAAGAAGCCCUGUGUCUCCUGGACCUGAGGACUGGGAAGACUGUGUUCUACUGGCCGUAUCGGUUCCUCCGCAGAUUUGGACAAAUAAAGGAAGGCGUCACCAUAGAGGCGGGUCGUCGCUGUCAAACAGGUGAAGGCCACUUCGCUUUCCUGUCCAAGCAGGGAACUCAGAUCUACAGGGCCAUUGAGGAGGCAAUCAUGCACCAGAGUGUUCAAGAUCUUCUGUCUAAAGCUACUGCUGAAGUAAAAGAAUUGACAACCCAGCAGCUUCCAGUGAGACCAGCAAUCAAUGACCUAGCAAAGGCUACUCAAGGUUCUCCAACCAGGGGCGUACAUGACAGGCCUUACCCAGUGCCUUCACGGCGAAACCUAGCACUUCCAGCUCCUCCUGUACCAACACCUCCAGUACCUCUGACAUCUCAAGCUCCUCCAGUCCCUCCAGCACCUCCAGCACCUCCUGCAACCUUUAAUAAACCCUCAGCGAUCGUCCCCAAACGAGUAGCAGUGAGGAACAAACCACUGCCAAGCGCCAGCAACUUUCAGACGAGUGCCAGCAAACCACAGACAAGUGUCAGCAACUUUCAGUCGAAUCCAAGCAAACCUCAGACGAGUCCAAGCAAACCUCAGAUGAGUGCCAGCAACCUUCCGAUAAGUGCCAGCAACUUCCUGACAAGUGCCAGCAACUUCCAGACAAGUGCCGGCAAACCUCAGAAGAGUGCCAGCAAACCCCAAAUGAGUGUCAGCAACCUCCCAACAAGUUCCAGCAAACCCCCGACAAGUACCAACACCACUGAAGAAGUCCUAUACGCCACCAUACAACCUCAGCCAAAGCCCAGGGUAAAGCCUGCCCCUCCAAAGAUUCCCCAGUUCCCCGUCACACCCAGCUACAGCCCACCCCAGCCGAAGCAGAAGUGGGAGCCACAGAAGGAAACGAAGGACUAUAACUCAUCCCCUAGCGAUGAAGACCCCGAUUCCGACUACUGCAACUGGAAGCAGGGCUCCGAAAUGUGCCAGGACACUCCCAACAUUGAGGACCUGUACAGCAUAGUAGUGCCUCCACCCAGAAACAGGACCAAACAAAACACGGAGGCCAGCCAAGACCAAGCCGAACCCAGCCACAAUACUGCCGCCAGCAGCCCCUCCGACAUGCAAGCCAACUUCAAACAGAUGCUCUCCAACGUCCUCUUCAAAGACCUCGCCCGGAUCACGCCGUCCGGAUCGUACGGAGGCAGCAGCGAUCACUUAGCGAAACUGGACUUGGACGAUAUGGAUUACUGCGAUAUCCCGAAAUGAACUUGUGUUGUGUUGACUUUUCGUAGCAGAAGAUUAAGAGAGCCUACUUGGGAAAACAUGGAUAUGAUAAUAUCAUUUUUAGAUGGUCAUGCAAUAAGUGGAGUCAAUAAAGGCCAAUUCUGCAGCAUGCAUUUCGUUAUUGACUAUUUAUCGUCAAUAAUUUCUCUGGGAAAUUCUCUGGUGUCACACGUUGAUUCCAGUUAAACAGUUUCAGCUAAACAUUCUGAUACUUGUAUGAGGUCGGAAAUGGAAAUGAUGUCACGUGCAAGCUCACAAUGUUCUGGCCAAACAUUAAUUUACAUUUGUACGUUAUUUCCAAAAACAUCUCAUUGGACUCUCAAUCUAUGUUGCCCAUUUUUGAGAGUAAUGCUGGAAAAGACAUAACACCUGAGUAGCGACGUGCCAGUUAAACAUUUUGAUAUGUGUACGUUCAGAUUGGUUUGAUGGUUUGUGAUCAUCCAUCUUGCUCUUGAUUAUAUUCCAGAUGUUUUCAAUUUGGUAAAAUCAAAGAGCUGUAGGUGUGGUUUGGGCGUAACAUGAAAUAAACCAAUUAGAAUGUCACUUGCCGUUCCCUUAAAGAAUCAUGUUAGUUCUGACUUUGGCAGAUUGCUAUUUUAAUGGCGCAGUUACCUGGUCGUGUCCAACGCUUCUUAUCAGAGGAAACUUGUUUACGCUGUGAAGGUACGCACCGUUGCUAUUCAAACAAUACAGGUGGAAUGAUGAAGAUCCAUCCACUAAUUUAGAAUACCAUAUUUUUCUGCACUAUAUCUCACUCAAAAUCCUUUAAUUUCCCCACAAAAAAUUGUCAGUGCUCCUUAUAAUUUGUUGUGUCUUAUGUAUGAAUUAUAUCAGUCAGGUAUUAAGGAGCUGUAAAGCCACUCUGCUGAAGUACAGCAUUAUAAAAGGGUGGGUUCUUAGUGAAGUUUCUCCAGCCCCAAGGUUGGAGCAAUAUAGGCAGUAGCUGCUAACUGUAGCGCUAGCUCUUUCGCCGCUCAGAGGUGAGUAUAUUGGACUGUAGUCUACAUGUUUGCUGUGUUAAAACAAGUUAUGAACAAUCAGGAUUCCUCAGUGUAGAGCUAUCAGGCUGCAUUUACUAGUGCUAAACGCUGCAGUUAGUGGCUUAUGCUAAUGCUAAUGCUGCUUCACCCAGCCUUAGUUCUGUAGAAACUUUACUGAAAACUCACCCUUUGACAAAAUAUUGGAAAUCUAAGCUUACUGUAAAUAAACAGAAACACUUUACUCAAUCAAAUAAACAGUUUUCAGGAGAGAAAUCUGUGUAGAUUAAUAUCCAGUGCUUGUUUGACUUUGAAAGAAAUAUAUAUAUAUAUUUUUUACCAAGCCUUAUGAUAAGGUGCACCUAUAAAAAACAGUAGGUUGAGUUGAGGAGGUGAUUAUCCUUCAACAUUCUGACCUCACUAACAAAACAAAACUAUGAUAAACUCUUUUUAAUACUCUUUAAUUUAAGUUAAUUUAAGAGUCCCCAUAUGUCUGUCCACAUAGUGCACAGAUCA